AUGGCCAACACCUCCGCUAUGGCGUCAACGCCCCCGACGGGUCACCUUGGACCCGGCGCUGUGCGACCUGAGUACAUUGUCGGGGGCUAUGAAGCGCAGCGCUUCACUCACCCUUACAUGGCGAGGCUGUACCGCAACAAUCUGAAUGGCAACGUCGGCUUCUGUGGUGCAUCGACGAUUUCUCGCCUAUGGGUGCUGACGGCUGCGCACUGCGUCCUCAACAUGCAGCCGGCGGCCCUGCAUGUCGGCGUUCACCGACACGAUGUGGUCGCCUUGCAUACCUUUGAGGAUGACUGCGCCGAGAACAUCAGGGCGGUGGAGAUUGUCGUGCGCCCUGAGUACGAGGUUCAUACCUCUGUGUCUGCUGACAUUGCUUUGAUCCGGCUCGAGCGUGCGACCACUUGCUCCUUUGAUCAUCUUGGACUCGACGACGGGACUUUUUGGCCGCCAGAUGCGAUACCCCCGAUCCGCACUGCUACUGCGGCGGGGGAUCGGUAA